AUGACCAUCCCACAUAUGAAUCACGCUGUAUCGAAGACUACUGAAAAUAAGGUUUCAAAUACAGUAAGCUCCACGCAAGAUCAAAACGCGAUUAGAAAACAGCCCGAUGACAUUAUAAAUAAUGGAGAACCUUCGCAUAAGAAGCCAAAAAUAGUACAACCAGCUUUGUUUACGGAAAAUAAUACAACGGAUAAGCCUGGAUACACUAAGGCCGCACUGAAAGAAGUGGCCUCGAUGGAGCUUAAACCAGCUAGUGGUAUGGAUCCCUUAGCAGUAUCAACAGCUUCUGUAGUGUCAAUGUCAAAUGACAUCUUGAAACCGGAGACACCCAAGGGCCCAAUCGUUAUUAGCAAGAACUCAUCAAGUGGAGUUUUCUAUGGGCCGUCCUUCACUAAACGAGAGUCUGUAAAUGCUCGGAUGUUUCUAAAAUACUAUGGUGCACAUAGGUUUCUAGACACCUAUCUUCCCGAGAAUUUAAACUCGUUAUAUAUUUACUAUCUGAUCAAGUUACUAGGUUUUGAGGUUAAGGACCAAGCGCUUAUAGGCACCAUCAAUAGUAUCGUUCAUAUAACUCCGCCAGAACACCUUCAGGAUCUAGAAAGAACAGUAUCGGUUAUAAAUAUGGAAGAGCCGUUGGCGAGGAAGCAAACAGUCCGUUUAAUCAAAGAUUUACAGAGAGCAAUUAACAAGGUUUUAUGUACAAGGUUAAGAUUGUCCAAUUUUUUCACAAUUGAUCAUUUUAUCCAAAAAUUACAUUCUGCCAGAAAAAUUUUAGUGUUGACUGGCGCUGGCGUUUCUACUUCAUUAGGAAUCCCUGACUUUAGGUCAUCUGAAGGAUUCUAUUCAAAAAUUAGACAUUUAGGACUCGAUGAUCCUCAAGACGUCUUCAAUUACAAUAUCUUCAUGCACGAUCCUUCUAUUUUCUAUAAUAUUGCAAAUAUGGUUCUACCUCCGGAAAAUGUUUAUUCUCCAUUGCACAGCUUCAUCAAGAUGCUACAAACGAAAGGGAAGUUAUUGAGAAAUUAUACUCAAAAUAUUGAUAAUUUGGAAUCUUACGCGGGAAUAAGCACGGAUAGAUUGGUCCAAUGCCAUGGCUCUUUUGCUACUGCAACAUGCGUUACUUGCCAUUGGAACCUACCUGGCGAGAGAAUAUUUAAUAAAAUUAGAAAUCUCGAACUUCCGUUAUGCCCGUACUGUUAUAAAAAAAGAAGAGAAUAUUUUCCAGAGGGAUACAACAGCACUUCCAAUAGAGUAGAUAGUUCUGCAUCUCUGACUUCUACUUCAGAAAGGCCUCCAUAUAUUCUCAACUCAUAUGGCGUUCUCAAACCCGAUAUCACUUUCUUUGGGGAAGCUCUGCCAAGUAAAUUUCAUAAGAGCAUUCGAGAAGAUAUUUUGAAAUGUGAUUUACUGAUUUGCAUUGGGACAAGUUUAAAGGUAGCACCAGUAUCCGAAAUUGUAAAUAUGGUCCCUGCACAUGUUCCCCAGGUGCUGAUUAACCGUGAUCCCGUCAAACACGCAGAAUUUGAUUUAUCCCUUUUGGGGUAUUGUGAUGAUAUUGCAGCUAUGGUAGCUCAGAAGUGUGGCUGGACAAUUGCUCAUAAAAGAUGGAAUGACCUGAAGAACAAGGUAUUCAAGUGCCAGGAGAAGGAUAAAGGUGUAUAUGUAGUUACAUCAGAUGAACAUCCCGACACUUUCUGA